AUGGUGGGGACAACAACACCCAAUACUCUUAGUGAGUUAUUAGCAGAAGUUAUGAAAAUCAACGAGCAGACACUAGAUGAUAACGAUAAUCAAAAGUGAGUUUUUCUCGAAAUUUAUAUUUCUGGCCAAAAAUUCAACGAGGAUUUAAUUUCAGGAAACAAGCGUUAUCUUGCCAUCCAAUGCGUCAAGCACUUUUCGAAGUUCUAGUUGAGACAAAAGAAAAAACUGCUUUAUCAAUUCGAAGUGGUGUAGAUGAAACCCCAGACGAUCCUCAAUUAAUGCGUCUCGAUAAUAUGUUAGUCGCUGAAGGUGUUGCUGGACCAGACAAAGGUGGAUCAUUAGGAAGUGAAGCAAGCGGUGGAGAUCAAGCUGAUUAUCGACAAAAAUUACAUCAAAUUAGAGUUGUAUAUAAUGAAGAACUUCGAAAAUAUGAAGAUGCUUGCUCUGAAUUCACUCAACAUGUUAGAAGUUUGUUGAAAGAUCAAUCAAUUGUUCGACCCAUUCAAAUGAAGGAAAUUGAACGAAUGGUUUAUAUUAUACAAAAGAAGUUUAGUGGAAUACAAGUACAAUUGAAACAAUCAACUUGUGAAGCUGUUAUGAUUCUUCGUAGUCGAUUCCUUGAUGCAAGACGAAAACGGCGAAACUUUUCAAAACAAGCAACCGAAGUGUUGAAUGAGUAUUUCUAUUCACAUCUUUCAAAUCCUUAUCCAUCUGAAGAAGCAAAAGAAGAUCUAGCCAGACAGUGUAAUAUCACCGUUUCACAAGUCUCAAAUUGGUUUGGUAAUAAACGUAUUCGUUAUAAGAAGAAUAUUGCUAAAGCGCAAGAAGAAGCAAAUAUGUAUGCGGCCAAAAAAGCAGCACAUGGCGCAUUAGGAGGUAUGUUAUUAUUAUUAUUAUUUAUUAUGCUUUUAUUUUUAUCAAGUUUUCUUAUCUUUUGGAUAAGAAAAAUACAUUUUCUUAUUCAGCUAGAAAAAAGAUUCAAUAAAAUCGAAUGAGAUUUUUUUUUAAAUAAAUUAUUUUUUCAGGAAUGAGUGCAAAUCCUUAUGGCCUUUUACCUGGUGCAUCCGCAAGUUUACUCAAUCCAUAUCCCGCAAUGUUACCAGGACAAGAUUUAUCUCAUAUGGCGAUGCCACAAUUCGAUCUUUCUGCUUAUAAUCCACAACUUAUGGCACAAUAUCAAAAUUCUAUGGAAAAUGCAGAGCAAAAACCAUAA